CCUAAAAGGAGACAGCUCACGUUUGGCUGCCUGCUGUCAACUUUUUAUCUUUCUCUUGACUACUUAAAAAAGAUCUGUCUUCCUACUUUUGCCUUCCUGGCAUCAUGGAAAAAGUCCAAUACCUUACUCGCUCGGCUAUCAGGAGAGCCUCGACUAUUGAAAUGCCCCAGCAAGCGCGUCAGAACCUCCAGAACCUCUUUAUCAAUUUCUGCCUCAUCUUGAUAUGUCUGCUGCUGAUCUGCAUCAUUGUGAUGCUUCUGUGACAAGCUGUCGCCACCCCAGACCUGCACCAUGCCAACGCAGCUUAGAACCUGGCCCUCCACCACGAGGGAGGCAGUGCCGCCGCCUUCCUGCUGGAACACGGUCAUGACUAAGAGUGAGACUGAGGGUAGCCAGUGUGAUCAUCGGCUGGAUCUUGUAAACUUUACCACGACCUAGUGUGCACAAUGUAGCUGCCCGUUUCCUCAGUGUGGUCAUAAAUGUCUUUCCUAAAUAUUUCUGACAAUGAAGUAUGAAUUUUAAUUUUGAAACAGCACUACAAAAAAAGUUCACUAUCUAUACCCAGCACUAGAAAGUUCAACUUAUAGCUUCAGUUUGGGGAAUAAAUGAAAUUUAAACUGCGUUGCCAGCACUUUUUUUUUUUAAUAGGAACUAAAUAUUCUUCAGGUCUGCACAAAGUAGAAAAUAAUAAUUUAAAUGAAGUGUUCUUAUUCAAAAUAGCUCACUGGGUCCUCACAUAGACGACGAUGACGAUGACCAUGACGAUGACGAUGACGAUGAUUCAGAAGUUGUGGUCAUUACUGUCAGAACACAUACCUUGAAAAAAGGUUGUGCCCUUUUUCUAAACACUAAUAUUUUUAAGCUUAUGAGAGUCAAAUAGGGAAAUGUAAAAACAUAUUCUCAUAUAAAAAUCUUCACUAAUUUUUCCACUAAUUGUGGAAUUCAAGCACAUUUACAUUAACCACAAAUGUGCUCUCUCUAGGGUUUGACCAGCAAGCAAGAACAUCUUACUGUGUGGUUGCGAUAAUCACUAAAACACCAGAACCUCACCCGAAGGUUGGCUUGGCACGUAUCUCCUGGGGUAUGCCGGGCUUCUCCAGAUAAUAAAUGAUAACAACAAACAACGGACAGCUGUGCUGGGGUCCAGCUCUUUUCCUGCAUCCCCCAGAGAGGAGAGGCUUGCUUUCCUAACUUAAGAACUAGAGAUUCUAUUUUACAAUCCUUACUAAUCACGGUUUCAAUUUCCCUUUCUAAAUUCCUAAUAUCUCUCAAUAAAUACUAAAAGAUUAGGAGCUAAAAACUGUAUUGGAAAACAUUCACCAAAAUUUAGUUAACUUAAGUUAUCCAAGUACAAAACAGUUUACACCUCUCCUGUGCACUCCCACAGUGUUAAGUCCAGCUCAAGGCAUUCUACCAACACAACAGCUAUUAGGAGAGUUAUAAUUAGAUAUAUUUUCCAAAUGAUUACUACGAAGAUACGGCGCAUCAGUAUUCACUUUGGUCCCUAACAGAGCAGCUGAAGGCAUGCUGAUUCGAACUGCUCGAAUCCCUGAUAGAAAGGGAGAUGUCUGGCUUCAGAAAUUAUCUAAAGAGUAGCCCACAAAGGAGUCCCAUGUUAAUAGGGCUCUCUUCAGAAAAGGCUGGGGGUGGGGGUGCCCAUCACAGAAUCUAUAAAACAUGGAUGACAUAAUCUCUAAAUCAAUGUUCCCUUUGUGAUGCUAUGACCCUUUCAUACAGUUCCUCAUGUUGCGGUGAAACCCAACAAUAAAAUUAUUUUUGUUGCUAUUCCAUAACUGUAAUUUUGCCUCCACUAUGAAUUGCGAAUAUUUGUGGAGACAGAGGUUUGCGUGAGGGGUUGCAACCCACAGGUUGAGAAGCACUGGUGAAUGGUCUGUGGAAUUAUGUACAAGUUCUGUAGUUGCCAUGCUGAGAGGAAAAGGAAGGUGAAAAGCGCCUGGCCCUUUACAUUCUCACUAUCACACCAACUGUCAACUCAUAAGUUCUUCUCAUCAAACAUUUAAUGUUUAAUGCCUUUUACAUUUCAGUAGUUAAAUGUUUAUCUGUAAAAUGCAAUAAGAAUGGCCUAUAUUCAGAUGGGAUUAUGAUUUUGGUGCAAUUGCUAUCGGAUUAAAUGCUAUUACU